CAGGACAGCUCUCAUCCAGGGAUCCUUCUUCUACAUCUUCUUAUUAUCAUGUACACGGCCAUAAUUAUAACUGCCUCAGUCACCACCACGCUGACUAACAAGCCUCAAUGACUCGGUCGGAAUGAGCCGAUAAGAUGCCGAGACGCGGUCAUUAUUAGUACAUGUAUUAAUUACCACCACGAACGAUCGCAGUACCAACACCACUCAGACCCAUGAUGACGUCCCGCGAAGAUCAAGUCCUCAAGCCUCGCGACCCGGCUGUCGACGAUGAAAACGACUGGGAGGAAUUCAGUUUGACCGAUGUCAAGAUCCUGAUCCCUGGGAAAUCCCGAUAUGCGAAUUUAUUAGCUACCACACCGGAUAACCCGGUCAGAGUUAUUGGCUGUCUGGAUGAGGUGGAGGAGGAACAGGCCCGUUUAGUGCUUGAUGAUGACUACCUCUCGAAACGCAUCGUCAUCGAAAAUGUAACCCACUACGCUUACGGCCAGCAUGCAGACGGUGAGAUCGGUGUCUGGGUCGCCGGCCAGGCCGGUUGGUAUUCCAUUGUCCCUGCAAAGGGGUAUAGACCGAUGUACAAUGAUAUGGUCGAAGCCGUCGAUUUGCUUUAUUUUCUCGUCGACCGACACCAGAGCCAGAAGCACCGGCGGCGGGCCGGGGAACCGACCUUUGAAUAUUUGUGUGAGGAGUAUGUUAAUCAUACGCAUGGAAUCUGCGAGGAUGGUGAUGACUCAGCGGAAGUCAUUGAUAAAUUCCACAGCUUCCUGCUGUCACAGAUGAUACAGGGACGUGAGAACGUGCAGUGGAAUGAGACGGAAAUAUUCAAAUACCUUGCGAAGAAAUUCCCAGAUGAAUAUGAACGGAUAUUGGCGCUGCAGCAGAAACCAGAUGACGAAAGUCCUGCCAAGCGAACCGAGCCCAAAGCCAUCGAUACCCAUGCCGUUUCGAAAGCACAAGCAGAUACUAUAUUCAGGAUUAUCUCCGAGCUCAAAGAAGCCGGUGCGUUAGCCAAACGUCAGCUAACGCUCGACCUCGUCACCAGCACGCUAUGCAGUCGGUACGAAAUCGACUCAGAUGACCACGCAAAAGACGUGAUAGGCGCCAAUGCUGCCGCUGUGAUUGAGCAGAUGGAGCGGUCGGACUAUGACUGGCACAAAAGAGCGAUAUAUCGGGAACUGAAACAGGCGUCUGAGAAAGAAGGUAUUCGGCAGACUGCCGCCACUCCACUCAGACCUCGCCUUGGUAUCGAUGACGAUAGCUCGGAGCAUGAGAGUGACGACGAAGAUGAUCCCCGCGCGCAGAGGCGCCGUGUACGCAAGUCGGUUUUGCGGCCGAUAUCAACUAAGAAAGCGAGCAAAAAGACUCGCAGCGCGACGCGAGAUAUGGACGUGUCUGAUGACAGCGACAUUGGCGAGAACCUCGAAACACCUAGCAAGUCACGAGGCGGUCACAACCUCGUGCACGAUCCUCCACCAUCUAUUACACAAACCGCAACAGCAAUAGUAACUCCAGCCGCGUCAAUCAACGGACGCGCGCGUUCGAUACUGUCAGAAACAGAUUCCCUGGCCAUUCGAAAAACACCGCUGCAAGAAACUCACCAAUCCGGGAAUCUCACCGGUCCCGAUCUCACUAAUCUACCAGACGAUGUCUGGGCGUGCUCCGUACAAGGAUGCGGAAAAGUGAUACACAAAGCUAGCUCCAAACGAUCCAAAGAACUCAUCCACGACCACGCGCUCACACACGCAGAGGACACACAGGCCAAAAUUGACCUCGUCUUUGCCGAGCAACGGCUCAAUAUCGGUAUGGGCGUGGACCAUUUAUUAAGCCGUAUUCGAGAGUUCGGGGCCCUUGAAGGUGCGUCGGUAGACGGGGAUACGGCUGUGAAAAGAAUACGGCGAUGAAGACGGUCAUAUACAUGAGCACAGAUUUGACUGCCUAUUCGAGGGAAUCAUAUCCGAAAGAAUACGGCUGAAAGCUACAGGCUGUUGGUCUCCUAUACGAGAUAUCGACAAAAUGACAUAUCUGCUAACUAUUUGGAUGUAUGGCAGGUGAAAAUAAAAUAUGGUUUCUCAUACUGUCUAGACUGGGACUAGCUUGAUCUGCAGACUCGCCGACUCGAAGUUGGAUCCAGCUUGGCUUGCUACAUGUACACGCUAGGACCAUUGUUCUGUAAGAACGGGAAGGUUCUCAGAUAGAUAGAUAUCAAUUAUCAAUGCCACCAUGAAUUGAUCCUUCAAUUAAACA